AUGCCAUCACGAUGUCUUUCCACUCCUCAAUCAUUAAAUCGAAGUAUUCCAUGUACCUAUGAAACUAAUCAGUAUACUACUACACGUUCCACAUCAUAUACUGAUAGUUUACCUGAACCUUCAUUACCGAGUGGUACUCGAACAGCUAUUGUUGGUCCUAAUACGGUACAUCGAAGUCGUGAAGGAUCAUCGCAUGAUUAUGGUAUAGCUGAUGGAAGAGGUGAUGUACAAGCAUACUACAGCAGUGAUAUUACUCUUGCAUAUACAUCACCUCCAACACCAAUAUCCCGAUAUGAUUGUGGUGAUCCACCAUCCUAUUAUAGCCAUAGACGAAAUACUCAACCGGAAGAUGGUAUCAUUUUUAUUGUUUAA